AUGGAUGACAAACAAAUCGUAACUAUUUUGAUUAUCGUUCAAAUAAGUGAACUUGGUUUAAAUGCAAUUGGAUCAUGUUUAUAUGCGAUCCCACUUUGUUUAAUUCGUCAUUUUCAUCAACCAAUUCAUUUUUUAACUUUAAAUGUAUGUAUUUGUUUAAUAGUUUGUUGUAGUUGUUGGACAGUUUAUUUAACAAUAAAUGCAUUUUAUCCUCAAAUAUUAUUAAAUAUGAAAUCAUGUUUACCAAUAUUCUAUUUGAAUACAAUGGUUAAUUGUCAAGUUUUAUAUUCAUUAUGUAUGGUUUCAUUAAAUCGAUUAUUUAUUAUUAUUUAUAAAACUAAAGGAUUAUUUCGGACAAAAAGAUUUGUUCUCUUAUGUAUUAUUAUUCAAUGGAUAUGCGGAGCAUUAAUACCUUUACCAAUCUUUGCUUCAAAACUUCCAAUUUGUCUUAUAACAACUCUUGAUUUUAAUUAUCGAAUCUAUUUAUUAAUUAUUGUUGCAAUAAUUCCAACACUAUGUUUAUUUAUUACAAAUAGUAUAAUAUUUAUUUAUGCACGUUCAUCAACACGACGUGUUCAACCAAUUCAUGGAAAUGAUAUUCAAGCUCCAUUACUUACAAAUCGUGAUGUUCGAUUAUUAAAACAUAUGAUAUUUAUGUUUUCAACAUUUUUUUGUGGAUGGGUUCCAAUUUAUAUUUUAACAGUAGUUAAUCCAAGUAGUUCUGCAAUCUCUUUAGUUCAAUUUAAUAUUGUUCGAUUACUACCAGAAUUAAGUACAUUAAUUAUUAUUUUAGAUUUAUUUAUAUAUAAUCAUGAAUUAAGAAGAUAUUUUACUAAUCGAUUACCAAAUCGUUUAGGAUCUCAAACAAACUAA